GAGAAGAGGGAACUGUGUGGCUGAUAUCUGUGGUACCGGGAAAUAGUGGCAGAGUGAGACCUCUUACUUUUUUUCAGCUAAAGGGCAGCUGGCCCUGGUAUUUGACAGCCAUCCACCACCGUGUCAGCUUUUGCUCCGUCUUCCUCCCUGUACCCCACGCUCCGUAAGAAACCACCAUGUUCGCCGUCAGAAACGCUCUCCGCCUCGGCUCCAGGUUAUCCAUACCCGCGGUGGCGAGGAGAGGAUGCGCCGGAGCCUCCAUCCCGGUGGACGACGUGGUGAACGGACUCACCGACGAGCAGAUACAGCUCAGACAGACGGUUCGUAAGUUUUGUGCGGAGAAGCUUGCACCUUAUGCUGAUGAGAUUGACAAGAAGAAUGAAUUUACAGGAAUGCGGGAGUUUUGGAAAGACAUGGGGGAGAUGGGGCUUCUUGGGAUCACUGCUCCAGUGGAAUAUGGUGGCACAGGAUUGGGCUACCUAGAUCACGUCAUUGUGAUGGAGGAAAUAUCCCGGGUGUCGGCUGCCAUUGCCCUCAGUUACGGCGCCCACUCUAACCUCUGUGUAAACCAGAUGGUGCGCCACGCGAACGAAAAGCAGAAAGAGAAGUACAUGCCAAAGUUAAUGACAGGGGAACACGUUGGAGCUCUGGCCAUGAGUGAGCCCAACGCCGGCUCGGAUGUCGUAUCUAUGAAACUUAAAGCCAAGAAGGAAGGUGACUACUAUAUUCUGAAUGGCAACAAGUUCUGGAUCACAAACGGGCCAGAUGCUGACGUCCUUAUUGUUUAUGCCAAGACAGAUCCUGAGGCCCAUCAAAGAGGAAUCACAGCUUUCAUUGUUGAAAAGGGAAUGCCGGGAUUCACUACAGCACAGAAGCUCGACAAACUCGGCAUGAGGGGAUCAAACACCUGCGAGCUGAUCUUUGAAGACUGCAAAAUCCCAGAGGAAAACAUCCUCGGUCCGUUGAACAAAGGUGUUUAUGUGAUGAUGAGUGGAUUAGAUCUGGAGAGGCUGGUUCUUGCAUCUGGACCCAUCGGCAUCAUGCAGGCCGUUCUGGAUUUUGCCAUUCCCUACCUUCAUGUCAGAGAAGCCUUCGGACAGAAGAUUGGACACUUUCAGCUGAUGCAAGGCAAGAUGGCAGACAUGUACACCAGACUGAGCUCCUGUCGGCAGUACGUGUACAAUGUUGCCAGGGCUUGUGACAAAGGACACUUCAGUGCGAUGGAUUGUGCUGGAGUGAUCUUGUAUUGUGCUGAGAACGCCACUCAGGUUGCUUUGGAUGGUAUUCAGUGUUUGGGUGGGAACGGCUACAUCAACGACUACCCCAUGGGACGGUUUCUACGUGAUGCAAAGCUGUACGAAAUAGGCGCGGGCACAAGCGAAAUUCGCCGGCUUAUCAUCGGACGCAGUUUCAACGCCAUGUUCAAAUAAGACUGAGAAACUGCGAUCGACUAAAUGAAUGGAUGAAUGAACACAGUUACUCACACCCAGGACCUUAUACUGAUUGAGUUGUUGCUGCUGUUAGGAUGUUGUGGGUUUUCAGAAUCAGUGUCACCUGGUAUUUUAAUUCAUAUGCAAUACACAUGGAAAUCACAGAGUGGACAGUGACGUUUCGAGCUGCAUGACAGCAGACUGAACAAAUUAAAUGAUGAGCUAGUUUGUGAAGUGGCCUUGAUGUCAUUUACUUUUUCUAUAUUAGGCUAACUGUAGUCUUAGUUACAGUACUUAAUAACCACUGAAAAGCCAAUAAAUCAGUGACGUUAGAAACAGGCAGCGUCAGAGAUUUUCCUCUUAUGUGAUGAAAUUGAAUUUGGACAUCUUUGAUAUGGUAGUGUAUCAGUUUUUUAGUUUUGUAUUUUACAGUUCUUCUAGGCCCCUGAACCAAACAAAAACAGAUUUUCAUGUUGUCUUGAACACUCCUACUAAAGAUCCAGAACUGCUGCUGCUGAGGUCUCAAGGGUUGUAAGAACAAAUUGACUGUGAAUAUUGUAUCAUUGAUUAUGUGAGGAAAAUGGCAGAUAGAUGCCAGGGGCUCUGUGUGGCUACAGGACACUUUGGCAGGCAACUGUUGCUGGGAUAAAACCUCAGUGAUGACUCUCUCUAACCUCAACAGUCAUUAUCACUAGUCAAGAAAAACGUCUCAUGAUUUUACCCUAAUCUCUCACUUUAAAUGUGUGGAGUGUUUGUAACUUAGCUGUAAGUCAUUCUUUAUAAACCCCCUUUCACAAAGUGAAAUGUUUCUGAACAUGACACAGGAUCAGCUGAUGUCUGGGUACUCUGUUGUAGAUAAUUAGCAUUAGAAAGCCUGUUUGUUCAUUUUUGAGAGCAAAUAUAUUCCACUGUGGUACACUGUGUAAAUCAAUCCCACUGGGAGAAUCCCUCUGUGAGACGUGUUUGUCUUCUCCUCUCUAAAAGACUUUGAUUUUAAGUAUCAGUCUGUAGUUGUACAGUAUGAAAAUAUACAUAUAUACUAGUUUUGUUCGCAAUAAAUAAAAAAUCAAACCUUU